AUGACUUCGAAUUCCUCAAUUCCUCACCUCCGACAAUCUGGAAACACCAAACAACUUAUUCUUCAUGGCAAACCGUAUCUGAUGCUAGGCGGCGAGCUGCAAAAUUCCUCGCUUUCAUCUGCCGAAUACAUGAGCGAGAUUUGGCCUAAGAUGGUUGCAACGAAUGUCAAUACUCUUCUUGGCUCCGUCAGUUGGGAGAUGAUUGAGCCUGAGGAAGGCAAGUUCAAUUUUAAAGAGCUGGACAAAGUCAUAUUGGAUGCACGAAGACACGGCUUACAUCUGAUCUUAUUAUGGUUCGGGUCAUUUAAGAAUGGCAGAUCGACUUACACGCCAUCAUGGGUGAAGACGGAUCCGAAACGCUUCCCACGCGCUGAACUUCGAAAGGCCGGAGGAGUGAUUGAGAUUGCAGAUGUCUUGUCUCUGUUCCAUAAGCAGAAUGUUGAAGCGGAUGCGAAAGCAUUUCAAAAGCUGCUUGCUCAUGUCAAAGAGAUAGAUGAAGAUCACAGUACCGUGUUGAUGGUGCAAGUCGAGAACGAAGUCGGUCUUCUGUUCGACAGCCGGGACGGAAGUGAGAAGGCUAAUCAAGUCUUCUCUGAAACAGUACCUGCAGAACUUCUUCAAUUCUUGAGCAACGACUAUGAUCGGCUACACGCCGAUCUCAAAGCCAACCUCCAGACUUUCGUCGCACGCUCGAAGCCGCAGUCUGGUACAUGGGAGGAAGUGUUUGGCGUUGGUAGCAGGACUGACGAGCUCUUCAUGGCGUACCAUUACGCACAUUACGUCAAUCGUGUAGCAGCGGCUGGUAAAUCCGUAUACACAAUCCCGUUGUACACCAACGUAUGGCAGAACUAUGCUGGGGAGGAUGCUGACAAAGACACUCCUAUUGUCGUGGGCGGAGGCGGAGAGCCUGGUGAUUAUCCUUCCGGAGGCGCAACAAGCAACGUUCUUGAUAUAUGGCUACGAUUUGCGCCAGACCUCGAGUUCAUUGCGCCGGACAUUUAUCUUAACGAGUACACUGGCUUAUGCGCGAAGUACCGACAUGGCGGUAACACGCUUUUUAUCCCUGAGCAGCGAAGAGAUGAAUAUGGCGUUCGUCGGAUUUGGAUAGCCUAUGGAACCUUUCAAGCUCUGUUGGCUAGCCCCUUCGGCAUCGACACUUUAGAGCCUGAGAAAAAUCCUUAUACGAAACACUAUGGACUCUUAUCACAGGUCUCUCAGAUCGUCCUUGAAGCGCAAAGUAAUCCAGGCUCGUCGGUUGGCUUCUGUUUUGAUGAAAUGAUCGGCGAUAGAGAUUCAUCCAAACCAAUCAAGCAACGUUUCGGCGACUGGGAUAUUACUGUAGAGCGCUCCUUUGUCUUUGGCAAGCCUGGAACUGGCAGCGGUAUGGUCAUUCAUCGUGGCGGAGCGAGCUUUUUACUUAUCGGCUGGGGUUUUCAGGUGAUGGGUCGAUCGACAAAGGCCGACACAAAGUUCAACGGUAUCCUAAGGAAUGAAGAGAAGAUUGUAGACGAUGUAGCGACAGGUUCAUUACGAACACUAAGAACGUUGGGUGGUGAUGAGACGAGAAGUGGAGCGAACGCGAUGAUGCCAAAUGAAGACCCCGACUAUGGAGGGUUUCCUAUUGCCAUAACAAUUCCGGCAAGAACUGGUAUCGCUGAGUCUCACACCACGAUGUCACGCUAUUCUCGGUGUGCAGCAGCAGCUCUAACUGUCUGCUGCCUAGCCUCUGCUCAGACCACAGCAACAGCCGUCGCUUCCUUCACACCCACAUCAUCUCAAACCUCAGCCCCAACCUCAAACCUUCCAGCUUUCGAAAUCGACAUCUUGUUUCCUCGCAGAAAUGAAACAUACAACUUCACCUCCUCAUUGCCCAUCGUGUUCGCCUUCCAGAACCUUACUGCGGCUGCUGAACUCGGUUCCUUCAAAUUCACAUGGGAUAUCAUGCCGUGGAACAGCAUCGAGAAUCCCAUCCCGGGGGGCGUGAUUGAGGAUUUAUGGGACAGGAAAUUCACCUCGCAAAAUGUAUCCACGUUCACCAACACCGAUGGAUCACCGUACAUUCUGGUCAACUACACUAAUCCAAAGAAAUGGGAUCAUCCACCAAACUACGGAGGCACUGCAUAUGCAUUGCAGUGGUAUAUCCAAUGGCAUGAUAUAGAUGCCCAGUGCGACCACCCCAGACCUGUCAUAACUUCAACUCGAGAAGUGCUUUUUACCCUUUGGCCCGUAUCAUCCAUAUCGCCCAGUGAUUGGAGUGCCCCUGAUCCAAAUGCGCUCGGAAAUGUCACAGACAAUUGCGCGCAAUUGGGCACUUUCGCCAGGGUCCACGCGAGCGAUUUGGACGUCUGUUCACUGGAUCAGUUACUGUUAGGAGACAACGGGGAUCCAUGCGCCAUCAAGCCUGAUGGAGCCAUGGUCAGCAGCAUAUCUAGCGUGGUAGAAAGUCUGUCUGCUUCACAGAGUCUUGCUACUGCAGCCCCAACGACUACUGAGUCGCCUGCCUCGUCGAACGCUGCCGUCGCAACAGGUGCGUCGGUACAGCCAGGACUCGCCGCAGCCUUGGUACUAGGUGGAUGGGAAUUGUGGUCGCUGUAA